UAAAAUCCGGGACACCCUGUAUUUUAUUUCGGCCAACUUAUCUUGAGAUUUUGCAUUUAGAAAAAUUUCUAUAAAAUUGUAAUUUUGUGAGAAGGUUUUCUUUUAUUUAUUUUAAUUGGGCCGACGAUAACUGAAAAAGCUUCCGAACAUUUCGAUAUAAUCGAUACUCUUCAUGAAUAUAAUUUUAGAUGACACAACGUGCGAGGAUUUAAAUUUCGACAAGAAGAGUACAGUGGGCGGCUACACGAUGAGACUAGUGGGUGGUCUAUCUCCAUCAACCCUCACUGUCGAUCAAGGAAAUGGCACGAAAACGUCGUACGGAGGUCUGGAUGGACUUAUCCUGACCACCCUGUUUGACAAAAUGAACGCCACUAUGUCGGCGACAAUGCUCGAGACGAACACCAAAUUCCAUCUGCUGCUCCAAAACGUGUCGGCCAACGAGUACGACAUGCUAAUGAACGCGCAGUACAUCUUCAACAAGCCGAAUUACACGAUGACCUACCCCCACAUAGAGUCCGGAAUAAGCUCGCUUACCAAUAAUCAAUGUUCUUCCAGGCCCAGUGGUUUCGACUCAAACGGUGUGAAAAUCCUAAAGUUCAUGACGCCGCAGUUGAUCCUCGGCAUCUUGGCCGUGUCCGCUAUCACUGUCUUCAUCCUUAGCAAAGUAGCCGAUGAAAGAACGAACUCGGCAUGCCUGGAAGUCCUGCGAAUGGCGACCAACGUGUCCAUCCUACACUUACCGCGCGGCACAUCGCUGAGGAUCUACCUGAUCAUUGUGAUGCUCAUGUUUGUAAUCACCAGUUCGAUCUUCCAAGGCGGCCUGUCGGCCCUGCUGACCUCGUCCACCUCGAGACCGAAUAUCGACGACGCCGAGCAGCUCAAAGAAGCCGGCUAUCCGGUCUACAUGUACUCCGCCUACAUGAACGCAGUCUUCGAUCCCGUUCUGCGAUCGCACGUGAGGAAAACGGAUAAUUGGGACUGCAGCGAGUACGUGAUCAAGUACUCGGACACGGCAUGCGUGGCGGAUCGCAACAGGGUCACAAGAAUCGCCUUCGAGAAAGGCCUGCACGUGGCGAGGCACAGGAUCACGAGCUUGUACAUGGGAUAUGUGGUGCGCCCGAAUUUCCCAUUGGUCAAACGAAUCGGUCAAAGACUGAUGUCGAUCUCCCAGGCCGGACUCGCCAACUACUGGCGGGAGAAAACCGUGGUUGUCUACAAGAACAAAUUGAUAAUAAAGGAGCAGGAGAUGAAGAGGAAACAGUACCGUGCGCUGCACGUGAGCGAUGUAAUGUUCGCCUUUUACAUAUUGUUCGUAGGACUCAGCAUCGCCAUCCUCGUGUUUCUGUCGGAGUUGCUGCCGGUCACACGUUGGGGGAGAUUGCGAAAGAAAAAGCAAGGAUAAGGAAGAAGUUACUGUGUCUUUGAUAAGACUCGUUAGUAAGACAUGAAUAUUAAUCUGUCUAAUAGAAUGCCUUAAGCGUACUAAUCGUUUGAUGUUUCUUUAAAGAAAGACAUUUACAAUUCAGAGAUUAAGUGAAUAUCAUACGUAUUAGUGCAUAGGAUUAGAAUAAAAUGCAUGUGACUCGUGGGAAAGAAUUCCUGGAAUCGGAAAGUUGGAAGUUGUUCUCGUGUCACCUCUUAACAACUCAUGUUCUCCUGUUACAAAAUUAAGUUUUUGGAUCAGAAGUCGAAUCAACGACGGCGAAAAAUUUCGACGAGCAAUUCUGGAAUCAUAAAAAAAAUUCUUGGAAUUUGUUCUCGUGCCACCUCUUACUAACUCAUGUUUUCCUGUUACAAUACUAAUUUUUCGUAGAAGUCGGACCAACAACGGCGCAAGAUUUCGAAAAGCUAUUCUUGGAAAUCGAGGAGUAUCACAUGCAUUUAUGUAUAGGUGUAUCACAUGCACGCAUUUGUGUGGGUGAAACAUUUGUGUAGGGAUAAAACGGGUGUGAUAGUAAAGCAAACUCUUCUUAAUUUGGUCAAUAUUUUAUUUAUUCCUUUCACUUUAGUUUAAACAAUUUGUUCAUUCGGGGAAGUUCCCGUGAAAUGAAUAUGAUAUAUAGUAAAUAUGUUCCUUUUUACAAUUUAUACCAUAUACACAAUAAUGAUAAUAAUAAUUAAUAAGGGGAAGUCUAAACAUAAUAAUAAUAAUAAUAAUAAUAAUCGAAAUAAGUAAUAAUAAUUAGAAUAAUAGUAAUAAUGCAAAUUUAAAAUGCGCAAAACAUAAACAAAAAUUAUAGAAUACACUUUAUAGUGAAACCGUCCCCAUUAAACGACGGCGUUUAUGCUACGCAUUUACAGACUGCUUAUAAUCAACUUUAUAUGUCAUUUCACCAACAUCCUCGUCACUCUUCGCUUUAAUUUAUUACUUUUAGUUAAAGGCUCUCGCUCACCCACUCUCUCAAACCGUUUAAGCUGAGAUUACUAUAAAAUAGGUAAAAAAGCCCUGUUUCACAAAAUAUCUCGCAAAUAUAUAGUUAUAUAUAUGUAUAUGUAUAUAUAUGUAUAUAUUGUCACGGGUCUUUCUCUUCCCACGUUUUAUCUCCCCUGUCGCCGUCGUCUCACACGUGGUUCCGCGUUACAUAUUUCUUUUUCUCUUUUUUUUCUCCAUCUUUUGCUUUUUACUUUUAACAUUUUGCCUUGCGCUCCCGCGCAAAGAGCGUGAGAAAUCAGAAGCUGCACCGAUUCGUCGUCGUGGAGACGCGCGUCUCGCGUCGCGUCGCGGCGGGAAAAAGCAAAGUGCGCGCGAAAAGUGUGUGGUGAAAGACAUGAUCGCGAUAAAAGAUGAGGCCCUCAGCUCACAUUGCGAUCAAGUAAAAACGAACGGGGCGAGAUCUUCUCACGAAGGGAAAGCGAAAAGAGCAGAGAACAACUCGUGUUUGUUUUUUUUUACAAUUUGCACCAAUUUUCCUUCUAUCGUUUUUUUUUUUUUUUUUUUAUUUGGCAACGUGAGUAAUAAAAGUGCGACUAUUAAGGGUCUGCGUUCAUAUCGAUCACUUGAUGUACAAGGUGAGAGGCAUCUGGAACGUCUACAAAGAUACAUUCGCCGAAGGAUAGAGCAUUACAAGUCACUUCGUGUCCGCUAAGUAAAUUUUGUACUUCCUUCUUUCCGCUACGCGUCGGAAAUUUUACCGCGUACCGAGAACGCGACGAAACGCAUGAUCGAUCCGUAAUCAACGAGGAAGUUGUAUUGCUAUAACGGACAAUGCGCACGGCCGAAAGCAUCGAUCGAUCGCGACGUCGUCGUAUCCAGAUCCCAUGCAUACCUGGGAGACGUCCCACCUAUGGUGUUACCAGCUUUUCCCCUCACUCCGUGAGAGAGGAAAAGCUCGUAAGGCCGUAGGCGGGAUACUACGUGUAAUCAUAACUAUUAACAUUGAUCAUGUGAUCCAAGAUUGUGCGUAAGGUCUGAUCACAGUGAAGCCGAUAAAGCUAAAUGUCUAUUGCACUCGAAACGUUUUCAACAUUGCUGACGAAACUGAUGUCGAUACGUUUGCGACGCGAUUGAUGAUCAGUACAGAAUAAACAACGCAUUUCAUGGAAAAAAAAGUCCCUUCGAUAUCGAACUUUUACACAUAUAUCAUGAUCGGAUCUCCGUUCAGGCAGGAACGAAGAUUGUUAAUGAAUAAUUUUACUUUGUCCGAUCGAUCUUUCCACAAAGCGGAAGGAAGCAGAAGAAAAAACCGGUUGGGAUUUGGCUCACGUGAGUGAAUCUUCUCUCCCUUUAUCCAGCCGCUCGAUUCGCUUCGUUCGACAGGAACGAGUUCUCGCUUAAAUAAUAAUUAGAAUACUUCUAACAAUUUAGCCCUUUCGCAUCGGAUUGGGGCGCAAGAAUGGCGGUGGUUCGGCCGAGCACAUUCGUACGUGUGUGCGUGCGCGUACGUGUGUGUGUGUGUAUCUCAUGUGUGUGUUACGUGUGUCAGCCUCCGCGCCAAUAAAUAUAUAAUAAUUAAUUAAUUAACAAAUAAAAUAAAUAGAAAGCGGGUAAUUAUAUCUCGUUAAGCGAUAUAAUUUGGUUCUCUCUCCUUGGUGCGGUUUGUCAUUCAAAUAUCCCCCUCCUCGAUCAAUUCUAUCUGUUCUGCUUCUUCCUCUCUACCUGCCUGUCUGUCCUUCUAUUUUCGCCUCUCUACAUCCCUCUUUUCUUCCCUUCUACUGAACGACUCGUUAAGUAUGUUCAGCGUAGUUAGCUGAUGUGGCGUGUGUCGUGUAUAUGUGGUCGAUAUAUAUAUAUAUAUAUAUAUAUAUAUAUAUAUCUCAGCACGCGCGUGCAUCGCAUGAUCGUAUUGCCAAUAAAAGACGGCCGCCUGUCGCGUUUAAUAUUGCUUGCUCGGCACGACGAGACUCCGCGUCUCACGAGCGGAGGGUAGACCUCUCCGAGCGUUCCAUUCUCGCGAAUGUGCCGCAUAACUGAUCUCCUCGCGUCUCUCAAAAUUGAUCUCUCGAUCGUCUCGAAACCGCGUGACGAAACAUGCGAAGCAUUGGAAGCCUACGGAGCUGCGAAUGAUCUUAUCUCUUUUACAGGGGCGGAGAUCCCUUCUACCCUCGCGGUCGUACACGGAGUCUCGGCCUCGUGAAGGUUCGCCAACGCGGUUCCUCAACGUAAUCCAUCGAAUCGCUCGUGGAUUGUCCGGUGCAACCGGUACAUCUCAGAUGCUUCGCCAAGCAGAGUCACGCCGCCGUUAAACCACCCUGUCCGCUCGCCCGCUCAUCCCUCGCCCGCGAAACCGUCUCGCGCAGCCACCGUGCGGUUCAUCGGUGUCUUCUCGGCCUGUAGCACGUAGCAAGUGCGGGUGGCACGAUCAAACGAUUGGAACGAUCUCCCGUCGAGUAGAGAACGCAUGACGAACUGUUGAACAUCUUCGACGUCUUCGGAAGGCCUUCUUCCGGUUGGCAGGUUGAGUAGAAGAUAGCACUCAUUGUGUCCUCUCAAUUUGCCGGACAUUGUCUCUCUGUCAGAACUGACAUUGCCAAUGAAAAGAAGACGUUUCGAAGAUAUCGAGGACGUUGAAAAGCUUGUGACGGAAGUUACUAAACGGACAUCGCGGUGGCUGCUGGAGACGAUUAUUUUUCUUUUUUUUGGCACAAUCGCUGCAGACAGGGAGAUUUAGCAGUGGCUAAAACACACGUUUGCAUACGAAUUUGGAUAGUAGACAACACGUUCUCUGCAGAAAUGUAAUAAAAUCACCAUGCCGCAUAAUUCCUUUCAGCGUAAUAAUAUCAAUAACGUCUAAUAUAAUCGUGAUUAAAACAUUGCAUUUGCGAAUAUAUUUCGUCUCUUUUAUAUACAUAUGCAAAAAAUGUAUAUUAUGUAUGUAUGUAUAUAUAUAAACAAUAUAUACAUAAAUAUAUUUUACAUGUAUAGAGGGUAAUACGCGUGUGUGAGUGUUCUACAGACUACAAGACUAAAUCAAACGGCGUUAAUCAAACUCUGCCGAGGGCUUGUUUUGCAGACACGAGCGUGAUAUUUGUCGCGCGACCGCGUUUGUCCGAUUGAGACUCAUUCUGGGGGGAGGGGCGGGGGGGGGAUGAAAGUGGGAAUAAUGUACUUUCUUCAAUGUGAAAAAUACGCGUACGCUACCGUCUUCCGUUUAUUUCUCCCACGCAUCACUUCGCCCCGUUUCUGCAUUCUCUCUCAUUCACAUAAAUAUCUCAAAAA